AUGAAAGGUCAUGGGCCUGAGCUGAAGCGAGACCUGAACGGGGCCAUGUUGAAGGUUUCGGGCCUCGUCCAGAAGCUUUUGCAGGGUUCACCUGAAGAGAAGCAGGCAGCGAAGGAAGCGAUCAUGGCCAUGCCGGACACCGUUCCAGCACUCUCCGAAGAGGAGGAGGCUGAAGCCACGAAGAAGGCCCAGGAGUUUGAGAAAGAGGCAGAUGAACACCGUGGAGACCUCGAAGCGGCCUUUGACCAGGUGGAAAAGGAGGGCGAUGAGGUCAUUGAAAGUGAAGCUGACGACAGCGACUCUGCCUUGCAGAUCGGCUUUGACCCAGAUGAGGAACCCAAUCCUGUGAUGCUUGUAGGACAUGCCAUCACACCCAUUUCCAUUGGCUUGGUGAUUGCGACCGUCCUUAUUGGUGCUACUGGGUUGUUAGCGGUCUUCUACACCUGGUUGUUAGCCAUCGGCUAUUUCAUUCUGGGCCUGUUUGUUUGCUUCAUUCCAGCUUUCAUUCUCGACGACUUCGAUCCUGGUAUGUGCAUGAGUAAGUUCUUGGCCUUUCCAUUUCAUGCCAUCAAGUACCUGGCUAAAGGGGCCUGGCGCUUGGGGAAGAAGCUCGUGAAUGGCACCAAAAGUGCCUACCGCAACUGGCGCGGAAAGGACACCAGUGGCACUGUGGAAGAAGGGGAUGACUCCCCAACCCCAGAUUCCUAA